CCGCGGCCGCGGGGAACCGGCCGGGCCCCGCUCGGGCCGGGGCCUCUCCUCGCCCGCCACCGGCUGCGGCCGCGCUGUGACUGCGGCCCGUCCCGUCCCGCCUCUCACACGCCCUUCUCUGUUCUCUCCUCCACCCGGGAAGGGCGAAGGCGCCGGUGCCGCCCGGCCAUGCUGGUCAGCGAGAGGUUGAAACGCCUUUUGAAGUUUGUGCCCGGGCAGCGGCGCUUUGGCUUUUACAGGUUCCUGCCUUUCUUCUUCGUGCUCGGCGGAGCCAUGGAGUGGUUCAUGAUCAACGUCCGCUUCGGCAAAGAGACCUUCUAUGAUGUUUACCGUAGGAAACAAUCUGAAAGACAGUAUGAGGCAAGGAUGGAGAAAGGGGAAUUUUAGCUGAAAGUCUUCAAGGGGGAGCUCCUGAGUGCUUCAGCUGUUCAAGUGCCAAAGCAGCAGCCCUGCCACGUAGAUGGUGGGGGAAGACAUUGGCUCUGCAAGAUGAACUGUGAUCCACACAUUUGUGUAAUACACUCAGAGGGUUUGGGCAGUUUUGUUCUUUCAUAUCUGUAAUAUUUGUAUUUAAAUGAAGUGAAAAUUUCAUUGUAUUUGGGCCUCUGCCAUUAAUAUAAUCUUUGCUUAGUGCUUCUAAAUAAACUAAA